GCGCGGCUAACAUUAUUAUGCUAAAGGAAGCAUCCUGUGUCCCGCUGUCGAUAUGGCGGCGCUGGUUCGAGGCCUACGCGCUGGAGGAGCCCUGCUGGGUCUCGGCAGCGCAGUGGUGGUCCGGAGCAGCCCUCGUCCCCAGUACAUUGCUCUGACACGAGCCUUCCAUAGUGCUGCCAUCCUCAGAUUUACAGAUGACAAAAUUCACCAGAAUAAACCACCUCCAUACAACCCUAAACACCAGCAGACGUAUGAUUCAGAAGCAAGUCAGUCAUUUUGCUCCACGGAUCAAACCUGUGCACAUGACGCUCAGCACGAGGAUCCUCAGACCAAUACCAGUUAUCAGGAUCAGGCCGGUGAACAGGCUGAGGAUCAUGAGACCGAGGAGCAGCUACAGGCUCGCAUCCUGAACGCGGCGCUGGACUUUGUACCCGAGCACGGCUGGACUGUGGAGGCCAUCGCUGCAGGAGCAGAGACUCUAGGGCUGUCGGCUGCCUCGGCUGGAAUGUUUGAUAACGGUGCAGGAGACCUGGUGUUGCAUUUCAUCAGCCAGUGCAACUCUCAGCUCGCGGGCAUUCUGGCUGAGGAGAACAACCAAGUCCAGCUCGGGCAAGCAGAAAAGAAGAAGACCGAUGAGUUCCUGAGAGACGCAGUCGAGACUCGGCUCAGGAUGCUGAUCCCGUACAUCGACACUUGGCCGCAGGCGAUGAGUCUACUGCUGCUUCCUCACAACAUCCCAGACAGCCUGAAGCACCUCUCUACCAUGGUGGAUGACAUCUGGUAUUACGCAGGAGAUCGCUCCACAGACAUAAAUUGGUACACGCGCCGUGCGGCAUUAACAGGAAUCUACAACACUACAGAGCUUGUGAUGCUACAGGACACAUCCCCUGACUUUGAGCAGACUUGGACCUUCCUCACCAACCGUAUUCAGGAUAUCAUGAAUGUAGCCAACACAGCCAAACAGGUGCAGUCGACGGGAGAAGCUGUGGUUCAGGGUUUGAUGGGUGCUGCAGUAACGCUGAAGAACCUCACAGGGUUGAACCAGAGAAGAUAAACCAGCCUCCAAGUCCUCCAUUUUAUCUACUAUUUAUCAGUCAUGCUCUGCGUCCACAGCUUCAUAUGAAUGUCUGUGAGGAGCCCUUAAGACACUUUGCUGUAAAUGUAGUUUGGUUUGGGUUAUUUUAUUUCUCUGCUUUAUUCACCCUCACAUUAAUAGGCUGUCUAUGCCAAAGCCUGUACAGCUAUCAAACUUUCCACUGCUCUGAGAAAUCUCUGCGCUCUUCAACUCUGCUCAAAUUUACCAAAUAGUAUUCAGGAACAUCUGAACAUUGAGUGAUAGUCUUUAGAUUAGAUCCGGUCUAUUCAGAUCAGUGCAUUUUCAUAGAGCAGGGUCAUCUGUGCUAAAUCAGACCCCAUAGCUUUGAUUUUGCUCCCUGUAUAAACUUUGAAGGAGAAAGCAUAUAUUGUACUUGACAUUAAAGUUUUCAUUAAACGGUG